UCGGCAUUCGAAGCUCGAGCGGAGUGAACAUUCCACCAUGUGGGUGCAGAGAUUACUGGGUCGUUCCCUGGGCGAACUAAGACUUGGUCGCCAGAUCAGCGCGCGGAUCGUCAACGAAUCGAACAUCGAGGUUCAGCCGGCGAGUGGUGACAAGCCGCUGACUUUUCCGGGCGUUUGGCUGCGGGACAAUUGCCAGUGCGACGACUGCUUCCACGGCAGCUCCAAGUCGCGCAAGUUGGACUGGGACAGGUUCGACACCCGCAUCCGCCCGGUGGACCUGCAGGCGGAUGAGCUGGCCCAGGAGGUGGUGGUCAGGUGGAGCGACGCCCACGAGAGCAGGUUCCCGCUGAAGUGGCUGAGGGAUCGCAGUUUCGAGGAGCGACGGCAGGCGGAGUACCUGCGCGACUUCUACAGACCACCGACCAGACAUUGGUCCGGAGCGGAGUUCCAGGAGAUAGCCAGGCACUUCAGCUACGACGAGGUGAUGGCAAAGGACUCGGUGCUGAUGCACUGGCUCCAGGCACUGGCCGUCCACGGGGUGGCCCUGCUCCGCGGAGCACCGCUGGACGAGGGCGUGGUGCGGCGACUGGCGGAGCGGGUGGGCUUCAUCCGGCGCACCACCUACGGCGAGGAGUUCGUGGUGCAGGCCAAGCCGGGGGCCCAGAACUUCGCCUACCUCUCCCUGCCCCUCCCCCUGCACACCGACCUGCCCUACUACGAGUACAAGCCGAGCGUCAACAUCCUGCACUGCGUCGUCCAGACGGAGUCGCCCGGCGGCAGCAACAUGCUCGUCGACGGCUUCCACAUCGCCGACAUCCUGCGCCGCGACCAUCCUGAGGACUUCGAUCGCCUCUGCCGCGUCCUCGUCGACUGGAACGACAUCGGCAGCGAGGACGGACGCGAGUUCCACAACAUCUGGCGGGCGCCGGUCAUUUGCUUGGAUUCCGCAGGGCGGUACACGCGGGUGAACCACAGCGUUCCGCAGCGGGACAGCCACUUCAACGUGCCGCUGGAGGAGGUCCUUCCGUGGUACGAGUCCUACGCCCGCUUCGUCCGCCUGGCGAUCGCCGACAGCCACGCCUUCAAGACGCAGCCCGGCGACGUGCUGACCUUCAACAACAUCCGGCUGCUCCACGGACGAGCCGGAUACGACGACUCCGAGGAGAGUCCUCGCUACAUUGUGGGCGCCUAUCUGGACUGGGACAUCAUAUACUCUCGGCUGCGGGUCCUGAAAAAAAAGUUGCACUCGGAUUCGGAUGCGGAUGCGGAUUCGGAGUUGGGGUCCCAAUAAAAGCCAACGCGAGAUGGCAUAUUUUCCAAGCCA